CCCUGUCCCUUCCGCUGGGAGCAGGAGCGAUGCCGGCCCCGGAGAGCAGGUCGGUUUUCGAGGCCGCCCAGGACCGCGUCCUCCUGCACGGGCUGACCCUCGUCACCGGAGCUGCUGCGGAUGGGUGGGCCGCCGAGCCGGCACCACUGAGCCACGAGAAACCCACAGGUGCCAGUGGCAAGGAGAAGGCCCACGGGGUCCCCGAGGUGCCGGAGCGGAUGUGCUGCUCAACGUGCGGGCAGGUGUUCGGCAGCCGGGAGGAGCAGAUUGAGCACUACCGUCUUGACUGGCACCGCUUCAACUUGAAGCAGCGACUCCUGGGGCGCCAGAUACUGCCAGUAGAAGUGUUUGAGGAGAAGACCCGUGCAGGUGACAUUUCCAGCAUCUCAGGGUCUGACUCAGAGAGCUCCGAUGCAAGCAGUGAAUCGGAGUUGCUGCCCUCUACCAGCGACAGUCCCAUAACCCCUCUGGUUCCCCGAUCCCACAAGGUGCUGCUCCGCAAUGCGAAGGGCCAGCUCAUCUCCGCCUACCGCUGCGUGCUGGGCAUUGGGAAGGGCUGCAGUGAGGAGCCAGUGAACCUGACGGCAUCACUGCAGAGCCUUGGUGCGACCACGUGCUGGGUUGUGCUAAUGAUGGGCGGCGGGCACUUCGCAGGAGCUGUGUUUCGUGGCCCCCAGGUGCAAGAGCACAAGACCUUCCACCACUACACGGUGCGAGCCCGACAGGGCACAGCCCAGGGCCUACGGGAUGCCAAGACCCCAGGGUCAGCACCCAGGUCAGCUGGAGCCUCCCUGCGGCGUUAUAAUGAGGCCGCACUGCUCAAGGAUGUUCGGGACCUGCUGGCAGCCUGGGCCCAGCACCUGAAGGAAGCUCAGCGCAUAUUUCUCCGGGCCCCACGCCACAACCGUGCUCUGCUCUUUGGCAGCAGGAACCCGGCCCUCUCCCGGGGUGACCCUCGCAUCUGCCAUAUCCCCCUCAGCACCCGCAGGGCCACCCUGCAGGAGGUGCUGCGAGUCCAUGCCACACUGGCCAGCCUGCAGGUGUAUGGGAAGGACACGCCACUGGAGGACAUCAUUGGGUCCCCCCGGAAAGGCUGGCAGAAGAGGCGGCAGAAAGCAGAGGUAGAUCCCCCGCAGGAGGACGCAAGUGCCCCUGUCUUAUCACCCCCCUCAGCACCAGAGGAGGAAGAAGAAGAGGAGGAAAGCCCUGCAGGGGAACUGGAGACUGUGGAAGUGACACUAGGGACCUUGGACCUCCGGGAGUUUGAAGUGAUGCCCAAGCGAAACCGCAAAAGGAGGAAGAAGCGGGACAAGAAGGUGGAGAAAGGGCCCUGUGCCGAAGAGACAGGGUGCCAUGGUACCCAGUGUGGGCAGCCUGGCCUGAAGCUGGUGACGGAGCUGCAGGAGGAAGCUGGGACUGAGCCCCUUCCCUGGGGCAAUAGAGACCCUCAGACCCAGCUCCGCGAUGCCCUGUUCACUGCCUGCAAAACGGGGGAUGUGGGGAUGCUGCGGCACCUCCUGGGUGUGCCAGAGAGUGGGGGCCUGCCAGAGGACAGCGAGGAUGGGGAGGGCACACAGCCCCUGGAUAUGCCCCGCUCCCUGCUCAACCAGCCCAUGGAUGAGCGUGGCUGCACCCUGCUUCAUGUGGCAGCACAGGCAGGGAAGGCUGAGGCUGUGCGUUUGCUGCUGGAGGCAGGGGCGGACCCUGCCCUCAGAGACAGGCAGGACAGAACCCCCUACUGCGUCUCUGCUGACAAACCAACCCGCAACGCUUUCCGCAAGUUCAUGGUGGACCAUCCAGACAAGUACGACUACAGCCGUGCCAAGGUGCCAGGGCCCCUGACACAGGAGAUGGAGGCCAAAAAGCUAGAGAAGAAGCGGGCACAGAAAGCCCAGCGGAAGCAGCGGGAGCAGGCGCAGCGGGAGGAGAGGCAGCGCUGGGAACAGGAACAGGGAGAGAAGCAACGGUUCGCAGCCCUGUCCGACAGGGAGAAGAGGGCGCUGGCUGCCGAGCAGAGGCUGGCUGCGCAGCGGCAGGACGCUGGCACAACUCUUGCCAACAUCAGCCGCUGCUGGCAUUGUGGAGAGUCCCUGCUGGGCCGAAUCCCUUUCCAUUACCUUGACUUCUCCUUCUGCUCCACGGCCUGCCUGCAAACCCACCGCCGGGCCCGGGCUGGCCACACGUAAGGCUGGGGACUGCUACCACCUGCCAAGGACCAGUGUGGUGGAGACACGGCUGAGCACUGGCUGUGCAGCGAGGGAGAGCCUGUGGAGCAGCACUGGUGAGAGGGACUGAGCUGGCCAUGUCGCUCUCCGGGGCAACUCUGGCAAGGCUCUGGGCAAGAAUGUCACUCUGGGAGGUGACUCUGGGGACAUUACAACUGAGAGGUCCCCAUGUGCUAGUGGGUGAUGUGCCAGGACUGGUUUGUGGCCUGGCUCCAGCCAGGGGUCCUGCUGCCAGCUUUUCUCAUGGCUACCUUGUAGGCCGCUGCCCAUGGCAGUGGGACAGAUCCUGACAUAACUGG